UAAUUCAAACAUGGCUUCAAUAGGUUUCGCAUGACGACCGUUCAAAUUCAAAAUUAACUUAUGGCGGAUUCUUAGAUUACAGUCAGCGUUAUCGGAAAUUUUUUAUUCUCUGCCAGUAUAUCGUAUCAGCUUGCUUCAGAACAGCUUUAGAAGAUGGUGCACGAAUCGCUCACGCUCGGCAACAAAGUUGAUAUUCAACGAAGCGAUGGAAGAGUCCAUUCUGCCAUGAUAAGUGGUAUAAACAAAGAUAUGAACAGUGUCAUGGUAGAAUGGUAUGAAAAUGGUGAGGCAAAGGGCAAAGAGAUUGACAUUGAGCAAAUUUAUGCUCUAAAUCCAGACCUGGAAAAUUUGCCUCAAAAGCCAACACGGCAGCAAGGGAGUAAACGCUAUGCAACACCAUCAGUAUCAAAGCCAUCAAAACUCCAAGAGCCUGCACCAGUCAUAUCACAGAGAGGGAGGCGGUUGACAGCUGUUGCACAGAAAGCUAAAGAUCUACCUCCUCAGUCAAGGGGCCUUGAUGGUGUUGAAACAUCAGAUGAAAAUGUUCCACCAAGUAAACCUUUGUUGGAUAAGGGCAAUGCAGCCUCUAGAAGGAGAUCUAAUUGUGUUAAAGAAGUCGAAAGGCUAAAGAAGAACAGAGAGGAAAGAAGACAAAAACAGAAUGAAGCAAGAGAGCAAAAGGAAAAACUUCAGCUUGAAUUGGAUCCAGGGAAUCCAAACUGGGAAUUCUUGAAAAUGAUAAGAGAGUUUCAAGGUGGUUUGAAUGAUAAGCUAUUGAUGACAAUGAAUGACCCAAUAGAACAACACCAGAUCUGCGUUUGUGUUAGAAAAAGGCCUCUGAAUAAAAAGGAACACAAGAUGAAAGAUAUCGAUUUGUGUACGGCGAUCGACAAACAGACGUUGUGUGUUCAUGAAUGCAAGCUGAAAGUAGAUCUCACAAGAUAUUUGGAAAACCACAAGUUUAGAUUUGAUUAUUCCUUCGACGAAUCCGCCAGCAAUGAAUUAGUUUACAGAUAUACAGCAAAACCACUUGUUGAGAUGAUCUUUAAUCAAGGCAUGGCAACUUGCUUUGCGUACGGUCAAACUGGAAGUGGCAAAACUCAUACAAUGGGUGGAGAUUUCAGUGGCAAAACGCAAGGAAUCUAUGCCCUAGCUGCAAACGAUGUUUUUAAAUUAUUACGAAGUGCAAAACACCGUACCAAGGAUCUUGUUGUGUCAUCAAGUUUUUUCGAAAUAUACAGUGGAAAGGUAUUUGACCUUUUGAAUAAGAAGAAGAAACUUCGUGUGCUAGAAGAUGGACAAGGGCAGGUUCAAGUUGUCGAUCUAGAAGAGAUUGUUGUCCACAGUGUACAGGAUGUCCUUAAGUUAAUAGAGCGUGGCAUGAAAGUUAGAACCUCUGGACAGACAUCCGCCAAUCAAAACUCAUCUAGAUCACAUGCAGUCUUCCAGAUUGUUCUUCGCAAACACGGACCGGGUAAAGAUGGCAGCAUGGGACAUCUUUAUGGGAAGUUUUCACUCAUUGAUCUUGCUGGAAACGAAAGAGGAGCUGACACGUCGAGCUCAGAUCGACAAACGAGAAUGGAAGGAGCCGAGAUAAACAAGAGCUUGCUAGCCCUAAAAGAAUGCAUACGAGCCCUGGGAAGAAAAGGAGCCCAUCUGCCAUUCAGAGCCAGCAAACUAACACAGGUUCUUCGAGAUUCUUUCAUUGGUGAGAAUGCCAAAACAUGUAUGAUUGCAACUGUGUCUCCUGGCAUGUCAUGCACAGAACAUACAUUAAACACCCUUCGGUAUGCCGAUAGGGUGAAAGAACUUGGACCAGAAGGAGGGCCGUCUAAGAAAAAUAACAAUGGCGGUGAACAUGAAAAUGAAGAGAUAGAAAAAGGAAACGAAAAAUACAAGAAUGCAGAGCUGGCCAUGCUGUGUACACACAGUAACAGCGCUGGAGAAUCAGAAGAACUAUAUAAUUUCCACGAAGCUGUUUCGUUGCUUAUUGAAACGGAAGAGCAGUUGAUUGAUGAGCACAAAACAAGUAUUGAGCAAACGAAAGAGAUGCUUGGAGAGGAGGAAAAGAUGCUUGACCUUCUAACUUAUGAAACAUCCUACGAUCUGGAAGAAUAUGUGAAGAGAUUGGAUGACAUCUUGACCCAAAAAAUCCAAAAAUUCACACAACUUAAAGACAAGGUCCAGGUUUUCAAGCAGCAGUUGUGCGAAGAGGAGCGUGCAAGCAGUAAAGUGAAAAGAUUGCCAUAUGUUUGAAUGGAAGAUUCCCCGUGUUUCAGUUUAAACACGAAUGUUUUUGUGUCAGAAUUUAGUAGAAUUACAAACAUGCAAGCCGUAAUGUCGUAUUUUCUAUUCAGUUUAGUAAUAGCCAGGUUUGACGUGUCAAGUUCGUGGUAGAAUUAAAAAAGUUUUCGUUAGAAGUUGUGUUUCGUACUUGUGACGUCAGUUAUUGCUAUGAUAGCGUUGCUGUUUACAACAUCUGGAUUGUCAGCUUCAAAAUCUUAUUUAAGACCAUUCCGUUUAGACUUUUGUCAAUUCUAAUGUUGAAUAUGGUUAAACACACCUUUAAAUGUUUUGUUUUUGUUCUUUUCGUACAGUUCUCGUGUAUGCAUAUUUUCCUAAGGAUAUCUUGUUACCGGUUAGUAAAUCUUUUCUCGACGAACCCAUUAACUGAAUUUUCCCCCUAUUUAAGCUCAAGCUGAGUGCUCCAAAGCUAAAACUCUCCAAACUGUUUUCUGUUCGUGUGGGCAGUUAACGUAAAGGCCCUUUUUGAUAAUAUUUCAUGUAACCUUAUCGCUGUUCUACUGGCUAAGCAAGGUUUACCUGUGAUUCAUAUUACUCUUGAUAAAUUACACUUCCUCUUAAAAUAGAAACAUAAUAAAUAAAGUUUCUUGAUGUUGCAAUUUGCUCAAGCAAACGUCAUGUUCAGGCCCUCUUGACCCCUUAAGAUCUCCCACAAAUAUUGUACCAUUCUUAAUGUUACCAUUGGCCUUUACACGAUUAUUUGCAUACCCCAUUAUCUUCAUCAAGAAAAAUUUGCAUAAUAUGAGCAAACAGUUAUUGUAAAGGUGGUUUUGUAAAGAUAAAGGUGGUUUGUUCUGCUCCAAUUACAAACUUAAAACACGUAAAUCGUUUGCCUAAGGCUCUUCCCAACCAAACGAGUCUAACGUCAUAAGUAAGACAACAUCACUUGAAACAUAAUAAGGCAUGAUAUAAAGUGAAAAUUUUCAUUUCCAAUAUACUGUAGAACUUAUUGCAAGAACCGAGAGGGGCGUCUGAUUUCUUGAAUGUUUAGAGAUAUCACUCUACUUUCUGCUUAGAAUUACCCACUUCCACUUCAUAACCAGCCUUCUAGUUGCCCAUCCACUUAGCUUCCCCCCCCCCCCCCCCUCCUAAAAAUCCUCCAUUAGAAUGCUCUAUCUCUUCAAAGUUGUGCGAACAUGUGGAAGAACUGUGAUCGGACAGUAAAAUUUAACAAGAGACUAUCCUGCAAAGUGGUUUUAUCAUUACUUCCUUUCGCUCUUCAUUAAAGCAGAUAGUUGAGACAUCUAAUUUCCACAACACGUAUGCAGUACAUUUGUAAUUACUGAUUAAAGCCUAGAAAGUCUUA